AUGCCGGGCUGGGUGAGUCCUGGAAGAUGGGUGGGAGAUGGCACAGGCGGCCGGAGCCCCUUCUGCCACCGCCGCUGCCUCACUCCUCCUCGUCUUCCUCAUCCUCAAGCGGUGACAGCGGUGGCCAUGUCUCGCAGAGUCACUGCAGCAUCUCCGGCAUCAGCGGCUGCUGACCAUGCCUCCUACCUGCUUCCUUCGCCACUCGAGAACACCACUUCAGACGGGCAGAUUGGGACUUUGUACAAGAGUCUUGAAGAUUUAUUGAUCAGGGUAGAUGAGUUUGUGGAAAUGCUGGACAUGAUUAGAAAUAAUUCUUCUCAAGUAAUUAAUGAAAGUGCGCCACAUAUUCAUGGAAAGGCAAUGGAAAUGAAGAAGCUCUAUAGAAAGAUUGACAAACUAGAGGCCUUUGUAAAAAUGAUUGGUAAUAAUGUGGCUGGAAUGGAUGAACAGAUCAUAAAGGCAGAAUCAGACCUUGGAAAUUUUCCAAAUACGUUAAAGAAAUUAUUGUACACAAUCAAUGUGCCAUCUUUUUUAAAUAAAUCAUCUUCAUCAAGGCAAAAUCAAGCCCUGUAUGAGCCACUUGAUCUCUUCAAGACUGAAGACUACUUUCCUUGUCUUGAUCAAGGACAACGUAUGUGA